AUGGGCUUGACAAUCAUCGACCACCCAUGGACCAGAGUCGUCAAAGGCGACGGGGUUGGACCUCGAACCGCCGAGACUUUUCCGGGAUAUGAUGAUGACGACGAGCAUCAAGCGGUCGAGACUGUGUUGAGCGGGACACACUCUUCCUUUGACAUAAAGACCAACAGCGACACGACCAAAGCAUCAAGCACGACAAUCUCAAGCGCAUCAAUGCUCCUCCCACCUGCACGAUCUUUUGAAGUGCAACGAGAUCAACCUGGAAGAAUGAACAAGUUGAGUAGCUGA